AUGUCAGCCGUUCAACUCUCAUUCUCGCUCCGCACGUCCUCGGGCGUCAAGACCGUUCAUCUUCUCGGGUCAUGGGAUGGCUAUGCCGGACAACUUCCUCUUUCCAAGGAUAAGACAUCUUCAAAGUCUGGUGCCUGGAAGGGUACAUUCAGAUUUCAGGGCAGCACACUCCAGCCUGGCCAAAGAUACUGGUACUACUAUAUCAUCGACGGAUACCAUGUCUCUCACGAUCCUGGACAGUCAUCCACCACUGAGCCUACCACUGGCCGCGUUCUGAACAUCCUCGAUGUCCCCCAUGAGAAGUCCUCAUCUUCAUCCCACCGCUCCUCGAAGACCAGCUCUUCUUCAAAGCAUUCUUCGUCGGAUAAGGAGAAGCGCUCAUCGAAGCACCACUCUUCAUCUUCAAAGGAGAAGCACUCCUCCUCCAGCUCUCGCCGUGAAUCCCGCCGCGACAGCUUGAGCCUGACCGUCGACAUUCCCAAGGGACGCCCGCUCUCCGUGUCCCAGAUCCAGUCACCGAAGCCAGUCACUCCUCAUGCCACCAAGUACAUCCUCGAGGCCGACUACAGCGCACCUACAGUCGAGGAGUUGACAUCCCGCUUCAGUACCACGACCAUCGACGAGGAGUACGGCUACGAUCUGUCCAACUCACCUCCCUCAUCCGUCGGUUCCAGCCUGUCAAGCCGUUCGGACAGCGACUCGCCCAGCUCCGCAAGUUCCCUCAGCGACUACAGUACGUCUCGCUCCGGGUCCGUCAACUGUACUUGCGAGCGCUAUGGCAUUACUCGCGGAGGCGAUCGUGUCAAGUUAGACUGUGGCGGCUCACGCUGCGGCUACAGCGACGAUUCGAGCUCCUGCUGCUCAUCAGACGAGGAAUACAUUCCCAGCAGCUCUCGCCGCCACGGUCUAGUCGUGAGACGAUGA